CGCAGGAUCCCGAACAAGGUCCAAUCAGAGGUCCCGUGGAAGGAAGAGGGCGUGGACGUCGCUCUCAGCAGAUUGCGGCGUUGGUGCGCACCUGCCCCGCGCAGCCCCAGGUAGCUCACACCUGCGUGGGCCCAGGAGGGGACGCCUUGAGAGCCCGGAGAUGGACUCGGUGGUCUUUGAGGAUGUGGCUUUGGACUUCUCCCAGGAGGAGUGGGCUUUGCUGGAUGCUGCUCAGAGGGAGCUCUACAGAGAUGUGAUGCUGGAAACCUUUAGAAACCUGGCCUCCGUGGAUGAUGAGACUCAAUUUAGGUCCAAUGGGUCAGUUUCUCAGCAGGAUAUUUAUGUGAAUAAAAUGUCCAAGGAAGAUAAAAUAGCGAAGUUCACCAGAAAUUCUUGGGUCUCCAUCUUAGGAAAAAUUUGGGAAGAACUUAGCAUUGAAGAUCAGCACACAAACCAGUGGAGAGAUCUGAGAAAUUAUGUGGUGGAGAGAAUCUGUGAAAGUAAUGAUCAAUGUGUGGAAGGCUUCAGUCAGACUUCAAAUCUUAAUCUGUACCAGAAAACCUUUACUGAUGUAAAACAGAAUGAAUGCAGUGCAUAUGCAAAAGUCUUCAUGCAUCAUUCAUCUCUACAGAGUCACAUUGCCAUUCACACUAGACACAAACCGUAUCAAUGUCAGGAAUGUGGGAAGGCCUACAGUUGUUCUUCAGACCUAAGAGUGCAUGUGAGAACCCACAAAGGAGAGAGGCCCUAUGCAUGUAAGUUAUGUGGAAAAACCUUUCCUCGUACUUCUUCCCUCAACCGGCAUAUAAGGAUUCAUACUGCGGAGAAAACCUAUGAAUGUCAGCAAUGUGGGAAAGCCUUCAUUGAUUUUUCAAGUCUUACUAGUCAUUUGAGAUCCCACACUGGAGAGAAGCCCUAUAAAUGUAAGGAAUGUGGGAAAGCCUUCAGUUAUUCCUCAACUUUCCGAAGACACAUGAUAACACACACUGGAGAGAAGCCCUAUAAAUGUAAGGAAUGUGGGGAAGUUUUCAGGUAUUCCUCAACUUUUCGAAGACACAUGAUAUCACACACUGGGGAGACACCACAUAAAUGUAAGGAAUGUGGAGAAGCGUUCAGUUACUUCUCAGCUUUUCGAAGACACAUGAUAUCACACACUGGAGAGAAACCCUAUGAAUGUAAACAGUGUGGGAAAACCUUCAUUUAUCUCCAAUCCUUUAGAAGACAUGAAAGGAUUCACACUGGAGAGAAACCCUAUGAAUGCCAACAGUGUGGGAAAACCUUUAUUUACCUCCAGUCAUUCCGAAGGCAUGAAAGAACUCACGGUGGAGAGAAACCCUAUGAAUGUAACCAAUGUGGAAAAGCAUUUAGCCAUCCCUCGUCCUUUCAAGGACAUAUUAGAGUGCACACUGGAGAGAAGCCUUAUGAAUGCACUCUAUGUGGAAAAAGUUUCAACUGGCCCGUAUCCUUACGAAAACAUAUGAGAACACACACUAAAGAGAAGCCCUAUGAAUGUAAACAAUGUGGAAAACCCUUCAAUUUGCCUGCUUGCUUUCGAGAACAUGUGAGAAUGCAUCCUGGAGACAAACCGUAUGAAUGCAAACUAUGUGGGAAAGCUUUCUAUUGCCACAUAUCCUUACAAAAACAUAUGAAAAGGCACACUGCUGAAAAACUCUAUAAAUGCAAGCAAUGUGGGAAAGCUUUCAGUUGGCCUGAACUUUUGCAACAGCAUGUGAGAAAACACUCUGCAGAGAAACCUUAUGAGUGUAAGGAAUGUGGGAAAGUCUUCAAAUGGCCAUCAUCAUUACCAAUACAUAUGAGAAUGCAUACUGGAGAGAAACCUUAUGAAUGUAAGCAAUGUGGGAAAGCCUUCAGUUGUUCCUCAUCCUUAAGAAGACAUACGAGAACACACAUUACAGAAAAACACUGCAUAUAUAAUGUGGGAAGUCCUCCUGCAAGUGAAUUCAUGCACAGUGCUUCAGAAAAUUCACACCAGGAGGGAAAUCUUAUGAAAGCUGUAAACAUGGUAUUGCCUUUAUGAGUAUCUCAUUAUUAAAAUGGACCCAUAGGUAGUAUAUUUCCAGUUCUUUUGCAAGUAAACAUUUAGGUGAAAAAUAACUCUCCAAGUACUCUUAGCUAUAGUACAUAAAAUUUGCAUGUAGUGUUUUUUCUUACAUUUCAGUAAACAAAACUUUUAUCUUUAGUUUGUGGACUUUAAAUGGUCCUCUAAGGGGUUAUUGGAACAAUUACACUUCGUUAUUUGUUGGGUGUUUUUUACUGACUUAAUGUGGCAGAUAUGGAUAUCAACCAUCAUAUAUUUUCUACCUUUCUUAUUGAGAGUCUUUAUUUC